GGGAGAGGAAGGGCAGGACAGGACAGGACGGAUGAAGGAGGAUUGACGGAUUUUUUGGAAUGAGGAUGGAGAGGAAGAUGCGUCGAAAAAUGUUAAUACUGAGUUUCAAGCUUUCACCACGGUAAGGAAGGUGACGCUGUUGGAUGGACCAAGUCAGGUCGGUGUAUCCCAUUAGCGGCCUCAGACUCACAGACCCUUAAACUUGCUCCUCCGACACGCACACACAAUUAAAAACGUAAACGUGUAAAAGUCGUUACUACCGUUGUCAUGUCGGUGAUAAAGUUUAAACGCGGUCGUCAGACCGUGUUUGUGUAUCUUGAUGAAAAAAAACCGUCUUUUGAACUAGCAAUCGAGCAAUUACGGACAGCACUCGUCCUGAAACCUGAACAGAACAUUCGUCUUGCCGUGAAAGACGCUGCGGAUGGAGAAUGGAAGCCGCUGGAUGCUUUGGAUGAUGAUACUACUCUAGAAGCUUCAGAGUACGCGUUCGCUUUGGAUGAAGAAGAGCCUUUCCUUGUUGAAAUACCUCAGGUAUACGAAGACGAGGAAGAAGAAGCUGAAGUCGAACCUGCGCCGGAGGAAACUGUUCCUCCAAACGAAGAAAAUUGA